GUUCAAGAACGACCCUGUUUCGCUACCCAGAACUAACCAGUUUAUUGAUAUUGGAAGAUGGACAAUGUACCGACUCAUCUUCCCGAGUUCCACCCUCUCAGACUGGGCUGUAAUGAAGUCCGCGUUGCAGGAUUUUAACAUCAAGGUAGAUUAUAAGACAUCGAAGGAAUUUUCGACAGUUACGACGCAGGUCCCGAGUUUCUGGAGUAAACUUGAGCCACAUAAACCGAGCAUCUCGGGACCGAACUCUAACCUUUCUCUUCUUGCUGACACGGAAGACAUCCAUCUUCCUUACCAAGUUCGAUAUCAGCUUGAAGUGUGCAUCUCUCAAGGAUUCUUGAACGAGGUCGACAUUACAACCGAAUUUCUACAAAGAUUAGCAGACCUCUCGAAAGACCAUACUAAACGACGCGACAGGGCUAAUGAUCUUUUGAUGUACAUCUCACAGCCUCGCACCGGCAGCCGCCUCGAAGAUAGAGACAAGCUUGAUGAAAAGAGAAUUUAUGACCCCAUGAAACUCUUCGAGGAUAAAAGAGCGCUGAGUCACUAUCCGGAAAUCUCUCUUCCCGAUAACACUCAAUGGAUGAGAAAAGUCGUGGUCACACCUACGACCAUGUACCUCAGCACACCGGCGCCAGAGUCGAUGAACCGUGUCUUGCGCCACUUUACCAAGUACCAAGAUCGUUUCAUCCGCGUUCAAUUCACUGAUGAAAUCUCCAGAGGCCGCAUCUUCCCGACUCCAGGCACUGCGCAGGACAAUGCGUUGUUCAAUAGAAUACACCGAACUCUAUCAAACGGUAUCCGGAUUGGCGGUCGUCAUUUCCAAUAUCUCGCAGCUGGAAAUUCACAAUUCCGAGAGAACGGUGCCUACUUCUUCUGCCCGGACGACUUCCUAACCUGCGACAAUAUUCGAAAUUGGAUGGGCGAUGUCACCCACAUUCGGAUCGUAGCCAAGUACGCCGCUAGACUUGGCCAGUGUUUUUCGACGACAAAACUACCCAGAACCUCUCCUAUCGGCCAAACAAUUGUGCAUAUCCCAGACAUUGAGCAUAAUGGUUGGUGUUUCACUGAUGGAGUUGGGAAGAUUGCGCCUAGCCGCGCCAAAUUCCUCAUUCAAAAUCUCAACACGAGCAAUCUCGUCACUCACACUCCGGCUGUUUUUCAGUUUCGACUCGGAGGUAGCAAAGGAAUCUUAACGCAGUGGCCGGAUGUGCCCUUCAACGAUGUCCACCUUCGACCUUCGCAAAACAAAUUCAGUUGCAGCUCGAGGGGUCUCGAAAUCAUUAAGACAUCCAGGUUCUCCGUUGCAGCAUUGAACAGGCAGACUAUUAUGAUAUUGAGCUGCUUGGGCGUUCCAGACUUCGUAUUCGAAGUUAGGAUGAAGAAACAAAUAGCAGACUAUGAGAGUGCAAUGGUAGACCCGCAUGUUGCUAUGCGGUUGCUCAGCAAAUACGUCGAUCAGAAUGGGAUUACCACAACAAUAGCACAGAUGAUAGCAGACGGGUUCAUGAAGACGAAGGAGCCAUUUUUCAUGACUAUCUUAGAAGUCUGGCGUGCUUGGUCGAUGAGAUUACUUCGGGAGAAAGCCCGGAUUGUGGUCGACCAAGGUGCCUUUGUCUUCGGUUGUGUAGAUGAGACUCGUACACUGCGAGGCUAUACGGAGCCAAAAGUAGAAGCCGAAUCAACUGAACCUCGCAACAAAAAAGACCCCAGCACAUUGGCGCAGAUCUUUCUCCAGGUGCCAAAGACAGGCAUUAGGCCGGGAGAGACGGCUGAAUACACGGUGAUCACCGGAAUCUGCAUGCUCGGACGAAACCCCUCUCUGCAUCCUGGUGAUAUUAGAGUAGUAGAGGCGGUAGACGUUCCGGCUUUGAGACAUCUUCGCGAUGUUGUCGUAUUUCCUGCAGUUGGGGACCGUGAUAUUCCUUCUAUGUGUUCCGGCGGAGACUUGGACGGAGAUGAUUACUUUGUCGUCUGGGACCCCGAACUCAUACCCCCCGAGUGGAAUUACCCUCCUAUGGAACAGGAUGUCCUUAAGCCAAAGGCACUCAAGCGGGAGGUAAGAGUUGCGGAUCUCAUCUCGUUCUUCGUACAAUAUAUGAAAAACGACUCUCUCAGUACGAUUGCGCACGCACAUCUAGCGAAAUGUGACAUGCUCCUUGAAGGACCCAAGGACCCACAGUGCAUCGAAUUAGCACGCCUACAUUCGAAGUCUGUGGAUUAUCCGAAGACUGGCCAGGAGGCUCACCUGGAACCGUCGUUACGACCAAGGCGCUUCCCACACUUCAUGGAGAAAGCGCCAAGCAAGACGUAUCACUCAAAGAAGAUUCUCGGUCGACUAUACGAUCGAGUGGCUAAGGUCAGCUUUAAACCGAAGCUCGACGGCGCCUUCGACCAGAGAAUUCUUCGUAGAUAUGCGCUGAAGGAUGAUACGUUGAAAGCAGUAAGAAUGAUCAAGAGACAACAUGACAAGGCAAUGAAGCAGAUUAUGAACCAGUAUGAUAUCGAGACGGAAUUCGAAACCUGGUCGACAUUCGUGUUAUCGAAGCCUCGGGUUGGAAGCGAAUAUAGAAGACAGGAAAUCAUGGAGCCGGUGAUGACCUGCCAUAGGGAGCGAUUCAGAGAAGCAUGUAUCAAGUUGGCGGGAUCUAGAGACCCUAAAGUUCUAUAUCCCGUAAUCGCCGCCGCCUACCUCGUCACGUGGGAAGAAGUGCAGAUCGUACUAGGGAAGAUAAGAGGGGAGGGCCGGGAACAGGACCUGGCUGACGACGAGAUUCCGUUGAUAAGCUUCCCCUGGGUUUUCGAAUACGAGCUCGGUCGAAUCGCCGCUUCCCAGGACGAGUUCGAGCUCGAGGAAGUACCGAAGCCGACUAUGGCAUUACUCGAUGAUGAUGCUGAUAACGACGAUGAGGAAUUUGAGCGCCUCGUGAGUGCCGGUAUUAUCGCAGGCGAGGACGACGAUAAGAGCCGCAGUUCCGAGGGACGAGAAACGUCGCCUACCAACAUUAGCCAAACUCUGGAGGAGCUAGUUGUGCUGGAGGACGACGAAGAGACGAGUAUGGAUGCCCUGGCUAAGCUAGGGCUGAGUGACUGAAGAGUCCUUAAGGUGGGGAUGGAUUUGCUUGGUGCGCUCUUGCUUGAGAGGUAUGAAUAAGAUUGAGAAGAUGGACGAGAUGUUCUCGCGUCUUGCGGAUCAGGGAGCAUCGUUCUCAUAUUUCUACUUUUUUGCUAGAGUAUUACUAUAAAUCGAGACUUUUAUGGGUGAAUAGUGAUAUUUUACCAUUUCGAAUGGGUACUUUGAGUUCAUGAAGGGAUAUUAUGUCGAAAUGGUCGCAUGCCGAUCCAU